AUGGUUUAUUCAAGGACCGUGGAUCAAGUGGGAGCCGAUACUCUAAGGAUUGACUCAACAGGACACGAAAAAUCGAAUUUUACCGUUGUCCUCUCUGUGACGGCCGCUGGAGAGAAAUUAAGACCGAUGAUCAUAUUCAAGAAAAAGAGGAUUCCCAAGGAUAAUUUCCCUCCUGAAGUGGUAGUUAGAGCCAAUGAUAAAGGCUGGAUGAAUCACGAACUGAUGAGGACAUGGCUCCAUGAGGUGUGGAACAAACGGAAAUGCUAUGUCAACGAUCCCUCGCAGUCAUUACUCAUAUUAGAUUCUGCAAGGUGCCAUCUCACAGAAGACGUCCGAGAGCUUUUCAAGGAGCACUCAAAGAUCGCGGUCAUUCCAGGCGGAAUGACCAAAUAUCUACAGCCUCUCGACGUCGGCAUCAACAAGCUCUUCAAAGACAAUCUGAGGGCGGGAUGGGAGCGAUGGAUGGCCGAUUCAGCACGAGCAAGAUGGCACAACGAUAGCUCAACGCGCAACGUUGCCAACAGAGAGGGAGUCUGGUGGAUCAGUGAGCAACUUGCGACCAUCUUGCCACCACGUUUACGGGCUUUGAUCUCAUUUUCUCAUUUGUUAUUAUUGUUUUCUAUUGCUUUGUGA